GCUGCGUUGAAGUCUAACUUAGCUUACAAUCUACAGCUCUAAAAGCCAAAAAUAUAUAGACACAACUCAUAGUCAGAAUAGCAACAAACACAUAAAGUUGUUGUCGUUUCGGUUUUUUGCUGUUUUAUUUUUGUUUUGUAUUUUUACAUUGUAUUUGGCUUUUGUUUUUCAAUUUUGGAGUUUUGUUUUACUGGGCUAUGUAUGAGAAAAUUUAACUAAAGCGAACUAAAGAAUACUGAACAUUGGUCAUUAAAACUCGAACACAUGAAUAUAUUUAUAUAUACAUAUACAUACAUACAUAUGUGCGAUAUCGGUAUUGAAAAAAGUAACAAUUGUGGCACUUUAUUGCCGUAUCAGACAACUAAAGUGAUCUGAGCCCAAGAAGAGAACAAAAGAGAUAAAGACUCGAUAUCUGUUGUAACUGUUACAUAUGUCGGCUUUUAUCACGAAUAAAUUGGCAUUGACAGAGCACUCUGCAACAUCACUGAGUGAUGAAUGGCUCUGAAAACCCAGCAUAUACUUUGGGAGUUUAUUUAAGUUCAAACUCGCUGAAUGAAAGUAUCCAAAGUAUUUUUUAGUUUUAUUAACAAUUUGACAAACAGACGUGCAGUCUGGGCUAUUAAGAACUUUUUACAUCAAAUAAAGCAAAAAACAAGUGCAGCUCGAGUGCAAAAAUAACAGUUUAAGAGCAUAAAAUUUUGUGAAGUCGAAUCGAAAAAGUUUCGCCUCUGAAAAAUCCACGCAAAAAACUUUGUAGAUAUCACAAAUGAAAGCCAACAAUAAACACAACAGCAAGCAACAACAAACGACUACGUCAGCAGCAUCAGCAAUUGUACAGCAACAACAACAACAACUUCGCAGACUUGCGUACAACAAAAUAAGGCAUCAUAGUCACACGUACAAACGUCUGAACCACAAUCCAAGACAACGACAAAUACAAUCGACUUGCAUCAAACUCAACAUACAACAGCAGCCACAGCAGCAGCAGCAGCAGCAGCAGCAGCAACUACAACGUUAACGGUGACAAUAGCAAAUAUACAUACGUGUACAUACAUACAUAGAUCAGUGUGUAAAACUCGACAAGAUAUUGUGCAUUAAACCAAAAAAAAAGAAAAAAAGUGACGACUGGUUGAGCCUCCAUUUGAGAUUUGGCAGUGGCUCUGUCUGAGGAUUCAAAACAGCCGUUGGUAACUAAGUCUGCACACACACAGUCUAACACACAUACACGCGCACACCCACCGAGCUACUUAGCUAGCUAGUCUAACAAAUGACAAGUGCAGUUAGCCUAAAAGCUUAGUGGUCUGUUUGGACGGAUAGCCUGUUGCAGCGCUAACCGCAACGCUUUAAUUGCCCUGACAACCGCAGCAAUAGCAACAGUCGCAAGAGCAGCAACAACAACAACAACAGCAACAGCAACGACUGCAAACUGCAAGCUAACAAAAUAAGCAACAACAGCAAGUAAUUCAAACAAGUGAAAAGCAAGAGACCCUGAAUUGCAACGUGUGCCGAAUAUUGAAACUACAGUAACAAAAAGAAAAAAAAAAGCCAACACAAAAUCUGGUUUUGUAAACUGCUGCAGCGCCAACGGAGCGAGCCUCCUUCAGGUUGUGGCCAGAUAAGUUGUUGCUCCACUUUUGAGGUUGCAGCAGCAAGCUUUUUGAGAAAAAAGUAAAACACAACGCACAACAGAAACUCGUAUUUUGUUGUUGAUACUGUUGGUAUUAUUGUAAAACUGCACAUCAGAUCAGCUUUUGCACUCAAACACAGACACACACACACACACACACACACUACCAAUGUACUACGCUGUUGAUUAUUACGCGGAUAUGGGACAAAUCUCACAAGAUUUGCCUGCAAAAGACUUUGAAAUGGAUGAUCUCGAUGAUUUUGAUCAGGUUACGCAGGUGAUUGGAUAUCAUCCGCUAUUUCGUGAUCAUUUUCUGCGUACGCAGAAUUUUAUAAUGAAAGGUGAUGGACCUUUGCCCUAUGAUUAUAGAUACUAUUUGGCGAUAAUUGCAGCUGCACGCCAUCAGUGCCCCUAUCUGGUGAAACGCUACGAGAAAGAGUUCAUCAAUCAGGGCGGCAACUGUGAAUGGUUGAAUGGUUUGGACUUCAUUCCCGCCAAAUUACGUGCCAUAUACGACAUAAAUAAGAUAUUAGCCCAUCGACCUUGGCUUUUGCGAAAGGAACAUAUCGAGCUCCUAACGAAGGGCCACAAUAGCUGGUCAUUGUCAGAGGUGGUGCAUGCUAUGGUCUUGCUAUCGCAUUUCCAUGCACUGUCAUCGUUUGUUUUCUCCUGCGGCCUGACACAAAAGCUUGAUGGUCUGUCUAGUCCCAAAUUGAAAAGUGCAUCAGCACUGCAAGCGACACCAGCCAAUGAAAGAAGGACAGCUGGUGCUGAUGUCGCCACGCGCCAAACCACAACAACGCCCAUACAUCAGCAACAACAGUUUCUGCUGCAACAGCAACAGGAGCAACAAAAAUCUCUUAUAGGGGACCGCGAUGCCAGCAAAAGCAACACUGAUAUCGACAUUGGAACAGAUGCGCUCGGCAUAAGCAGUGCCAAUGGAUAUUUGGCCACGUCCCAGCAACAGCCUCAGCAACAUGGCAUUUCUGUGGAGACGUUGAUGGAGCGCAUGAAGGUUCUGUCCCAGAAACAGGACGAGUGCAGUGAAGCUGAGCUAAGCAAUCGUUUCAAAAAUGUGGAAAUGCAAACAGCCGAGUUAGCGGCCGUAACACCAGAGACUACUGUGGCAGUGCCCCACAUAAUAUCCCAUUACGUGCACGAUCCAAAUUUUGUAUAUGAGGACUUUGCACGUCGUGGCGCUGAGAAUAUACCAAACACAUUUCGCAUUCAAGACUACUCCUGGGAGGAUCACGGCUACUCGCUGGUAGAGGAUUUAUAUAAAGAUGUGGGCAGAUAUUUGGACGAGAAGUUUCUGGCUGCUUACAAUCUGACCUAUUUUACAAUGGGUGGUAUUAAGAAUGUCGACACAUCCAAGUUUCGACGCGCUAUAUGGAAUUAUAUUCAAUGCAUCUAUGGCAUACGCCACGACGAUUACGAUUAUGGAGAAGUUAAUCAGCUAUUGGUGCGCCCAUUGAAGAUGUUUAUAAAGACAGCCUGUUGUUUUCCCGAACGUAUUACAACCAAGGACUAUGAUAGUGUGCUCGUUGAGCUGCAGGACAGUGAAAAGGUUCACGUUAAUCUAAUGAUAAUGGAAGCCCGUAAUCAGGCCGAAUUACUCUAUGCUCUGCGCGAGAUAAUGCGCUAUAUAACUUGAUCUCAUAAUGUGAAUAAAUAAAUAUGUACACAAAAAAUAUAUUGAAACUGUUGAGCUAGAUACUGAACAAAUAAUAAAUAUCCAAAAAGCCGCUGCUAACUUGAGAUUAGUGCAAUAGUAAAUGGAUACCUACAUACAUACUAUAUAUAUAAGUAAUAACCACACAUACAUAAACAAGCAACAACAACAAUAUACAUAUUGUCAAAGAAAAUUUUAGAUCCAACCACUUUUCAUAACUGUCAUAUUUUAUAUACGAUGUGUGUUUACAUACGUAAGUGUUCAAAUCAAUUCAAUAGUCUAUGUCUACAAUAAAGAAUAAAAUUA